AUGCGAGUUGUGUACAUGCCCAGUCCUCCAAUUCCUGGAACUAUUGCCUUGACAAUUCCAUUAAAAAACUUGCUAAAUGGAAAACUAGUCCGGCCUUGGAUAGGAUCAAACAGUUAUCAAGGCUUAGUUCCGAAUGGCGGACUGAAUGAUGAAGGAUCAAUUAAACUUUACUUUGAAAAGGGCGGUGGAUUUGAAUUUUCGUCUGCAUAUACCAUGCUACGGUCACGGAUUGCUGAAGACGUUGCGCCAUUUGAAGAACCAUUACCAUUAUAUUCCACUGAACAUGGCGUGUCUGGUCCUACAUACGCUCCUAGUGGUUCAUCCAGUCAGCCAAAUGAAGGUGCAUUUCUCUAUACAACGCCUACGUCCGGUAUUCCAGCCGCCAAACCAUACCAGCAAUCUGAACAGCUUCCUGCAUUUCAACAAAAUCCUUUGCGACCAGACCAGGAAAACUAUGAUCGUAAAUCAUAA